UCCGAUCCGGUUUGGCAGCAUCGAAGUUCGCAAGCCCGUCGCAGGUACCACCCAUUGUCGGUCAGAGGGACUUUGAGCGAGUGAGUGAAUCGCGAGGCUGCUACGUUCGCCGGUCGAUCACUGGGCAGUCCGCGCUUUGACAACGCAACCGACGGGAGGGAGCAAGUCGGCCUGCAACCAGGCAAAAGGGGCAUUUCAGAGUUCCGAACGAACCCACCCCUGCAUCUGGCGCCGCCUUUGCCUCGCUGACAGAAGGAAGACGAAGAAGAAUUGGGGGCGCCGAGGAGGAUGAGAUCGAUUGUCUCGAGUUUGAUCCUCAAGCACUCUUCCGCUUCCCGCUCGCUUUCUGCCCGUCUUUUGAGAUGUGGAAGAUCCUUUUCGACCGAGUCCAAUCGUGCAGAUGCGCCUCCUAAAGUGGAUGAAGCAGAAACCAUAAGAGCAUCGCCUCCACCGUCAGAAAAGUUACUUGUACUGGGUGGCAAUGGAUUCAUUGGUUCACACGUUUGCAAAGAGGCUUUGGAGCAAGGAGUAUUUGUUUCUAGUCUCAGCAGGUCUGGAAGGACAUCAAUACAUGAGCCAUGGGUUGAUCAAGUUGAGUGGCACCAAGGAAACCUUCUCGCACCUGAAUCUUGGAAAGAUGUUUUGAAUAAUGUGUCUUCUGUGAUCUCUUGUGUUGGAGGCUUUGGAUCCCAGUCCCACAUGUACAAGAUCAAUGGGACUGCAAACAUCAAUGCCAUAAGAGCAGCUGCUGAAAAAGGUGUAAAAAGAUUUGUAUAUGUAUCAGCUGCUGAUUUUGGUCCAGUGAAUUAUCUUUUGCAAGGGUAUUUUGAGGGAAAGAGAGCUGCUGAAGCAGAACUGUUAUCAAAGUUCACAUAUGGAGGAGUGAUUCUCAGACCAGGUUUUGUACACGGAACACGCCGAGUUGGGAAUAUGAAGAUACCUCUAGGCCUAAUAGGAUCACCGUUAGAGAAGGUUCUCCAGCAUGUAAAGCCACUUAGUAGCAUCCCAGUGGUUGGUCCUCUCUUCACGCCUCCAGUUAAUGUCACCUCUGUUGCAAAAGUUGCAGUACGGGCUGCUACUGAUCCGGUGUUUCCUCCCGGCAUCGUCGACGUAUAUGGCAUUCUUCAUUACGGCGAACAAAAGUGACAAUCUUUUCCUUCGUCAAAUUCAUCGGAAGCAGACAAACUGUAACUCAGGCUUUAGGUUUACUUUUCUUCCAACAUAAAAUGGAUUAUAGGUUUACCGUGCAGUUGUCAAUAAUUUGAGCUUUGCUUGGCUCGUUCAUAAAAAGUUCACAUGCUCUUGAGUUCUUUAUGAGAACAACUUUCUUCCAGAACCGUCUUUCCAUUUUUUUUUCACAUCGUCUGUCUGUGUUACGGGUAGUAUUUCUUUCCUAAGGUCUUCAGCUUUUGGAACAACAUGGUAUCAUAUCAAUGUUCUUUAAUGUGCUA